AUGUCAGCUCAAACUCAAGGAAUCAUCAAAGCUCUUGAUGCAGUUCACCCUGAGUUAUUUGGUGAUAAUGAGGUAGAGCGCCUCCAAGUUCGUGCUGCGGCGCGUCGGCUGCUUGCCAGGGUUGAAUCACCUUAUGAACGCGCUUGGGGUUUUUGCUUUGAGCAUCCCGUUGUUUUUGCGGCUCUGCAGACAUGCAUUGAUGUGGGUCUGUGGAAAGCAUGGACUGGAAUUGGAGGUGGCGAGAAAACCAUCGACCAGCUCGCCAAGAUGAGCACUCCUACUAUGGAUACCAAUCUACUGCGUCGUCUGUUCCGCCUAUUGGCAGCUUUCAAUGUGGUUGAAGAGACAGGCGAAGGCGAGUUCAAGCCGACACCUUUCUCGCAUGCUAUUGGUGACGAAAGCACCAAAGUACGUGCCUCACUUCAAGCAGCAACAAACCAAUACAUUUCCGCUGGUCACAAUCUGCCGGCCUACCUCGCAAAGAUCUCUUACCAAGAACCCACCGACGUGAAUGAGAACAAUCAUACCAACAGUGAUCCAGAUGGUCUCACCUUCUUUGGGCGGCUUCAGAAAAGCCCCGCUUGUUUUGAAGCUUUCACUGGCCACAUGGAGGCUUGGACAACAUGGAAGACCCCGUGGACCAAGGUUUAUGACACAACUCAGCUGUUGGAAAGCGCUAAUUUAAUCAAUGGCUCUCCGUUUGUGGUUGAUGUUGGUGGAAACACUGGUAUCGAUAUCACACAUGUUCUCAACAAGCACCCUGAGCUUCCCGCCGGAUCACUUGUCUUACAAGACCUUCCUGAAAUCAUUUCCACGGCUCAGGUCGAUAAAAAGAUAACCGCUGUAGCUCAUGACUUUUUCCUACCCCAGCCUGCCAAAGGGAGCCGAGCGUACUUCAUGCACGCCGUCCUCCACGACUGGCCAGAUGAGAAGGCCAAACAACUGCUGGUAAAUACCAGAGACGCAAUGGUGAAGGGUUACUCCAAGCUCUUCGUCUACGACAUCGUUCUUCCCCCAACGGGAGCGAGUAUCAGCCAGACCACGAUGGACGUGAACAUGAUGUCUCUGCUGUCGGCUUCAGAGCGUACUCAGGAGAUGUGGACAAGUCUUUUGAGCAGUGCAGGUUUGAAGGUUGUCAAAUUUUGGCCUGAUCCACAGCAGUAUGAGAUGGUCAUUGAGGCUGAGGUUGCCGAUGAUGGUCACGAUGAGUCCAAUUUUCACGCUAAUGGCCACUCCAAUGGCUACGCCAACGGUCACACUAACGGUCAAAUCAAUGGUCGAACCAAUGGCAACUCCGAUGGUCAUUCAAAUGGUCACUGA